AUGCCCCUACUUCCAGACGACAAAUGCGACGACGCCUGUGUCAUGCCAGGUCAUCAAAACCGCUCUUUGAGCUCUGCAUCAAUCUCGACACUCGCUUUCUCUUCUAUUCCUUUGAUUCUAACAUUUCUCGUUGUCAGUCUCGUCGUUCUCCAAAAGCUCUUCCCAUUAUUAGCCGGUCUACAACAGUCCAAGGAAGAUCAUAUUCAUUAUCUCCCUAGCGAUGCCCCUCCCAGUUUGCGACAAUCGCAUAAAGAAUAUGGCAAGAAAACUGCAAGAAGGAAGGCUAUUGCUAUCUCAUUCUCUACCACCAUUGCGCUUGCUACAGUGCUCGCAGAGUUGAUUCUUUGCGAAAUCUCGAAUUACCUAAAUCCAGCGGCGAGGGCGUUUGCGCUCAAGAUAACGGUUCCUACACUUUUAUUCCUACUCGUUGUUCUUAUACCAUUUCUCGAAUUACAAUCAAUUAUUGCAGGGCUUGGGUGGUCAUUCAGCGUAUCGAAGAAAGGCGGCUUUUCUACGACUGCCUGGCUCCUUCAAGCUGCUGGCUUUACAAUAUGGUUGAUGGGUUUUUGGUGGUUGGGAAAAGGGAUACCGGGAACUUAUAUCCACACAAUGGCAUCCAUACCCGGUAAAGGACUUAGCGAAGCUUGUUUGGAUAGAGUUGGUAUCAUCGGGAUUUCUUUGAUGGCUCUACUUUCUGGGUUUGCGGCUGUCUCUGCUCCUUGGCAAACAUUUGGUGCAAGGCCGAAACCUGUUUCAGAAGCUGAUAUCGCACGGAAACAAGCAGGCUUAAAUGCCACGAAUGACAUGCUUGCUGUAAAGCGAAGUCGAUUGAGAGCUCUUCAGCGCAAAGUUAACGAUCAUCCAGCUGAAGGAUUCAUGACGAAGGUUAUUGGAAGCAUACGGGGAAAUACUGAAGUACAAGAAUUGAAGGCUUUGGAGCUAGAGAUAUCUGGUCUUUCGUCUAUGGCUCAAAACCUUUCCACCUCGUUAUCGAUGUUGCAAAACCGCUACGCAACGAAACAACGAUCCUCUUCACCUCUUGGUAAAAUUGUCUUCACACCCAUUUCUUACGCCUUUUCGCUGUAUUGUAUAUAUCGCAUUGGAACGACUACGUUAGCCGUUCUUCGACGUCUUCUCUUUCCGACCGACCCUGCAUUCUUCAGUUCCUCAUCCACGGAUCCGGUUAAUCGUAUUCUCUCUCUAUUCGCUAAGCAUGUAAAUCCAGCCUUCGAUCAAUUAGCAUGGUCUCGUCAAAUAUCCUUUCUCUUAUCGGCUGUAAUCCUCUUCGCCUCCUUCAAUUCCGUACUUCAGACCUUUCAUAUGCUCACUAAAAUCUCACCGUCGCUCCUCUACCAAGCUCAAGCUAAUCUGGCACUCAUCGUUGCACAAAUCAGCGCGAUGUAUGUCAUAUCAAACGCUUUACUUCUGAGAAGUAAUCUUCCAUCAGAGAUGAAGAGUGUAGUAAGCGAUGCACUUGGCAGUCCAUUAGAACCGGGGUUUGUAGAAACUUGGUUUGAGGGAUGGUUCUUGGUUGCUAGUAUUGGAACGGCAGCGGGGAUUUUUGUGGGUAGGAAGAUUCUCGGUUCGGGCUCAGAUUGGGAUGAUGAGUAUGAAGGUGAUAUGGAGUUGGGACAAAAGCAAUCUUGA